CCAUCUUCUCUACUGGUGCAAAAGGGGGACGACUGGGUUCAGAGGGUGAUUGCUUGGAAGCAAAGCGCACCACAUCACCGCAAAACCCAGAGAAAAGAGACUCGGCGAAAUGCUGGCGAGGAGGGCUGUCUCGUUCUUGAAGAGCUCCUCAGCUCCACAGUUUUCCAGUGUAGCUGCUUCGGCGAAGACUGUGGAUGAAGGGCAGACCAAGUGGUUUGGCCGCAAGGCUGUGAAUUAUCUCUUGAUUACUAUUACUGGUGGCGUGGCUUUGAGUGCUCUUGAUGAUCUUAUUAUUUAUCAGAGCUGUAGCAGCAAGGCCAUGGAGAAAGUCAGUAAGGACCCAACCAUGCGAGAUGCUCUAGGGGAACCUGUUGUGAAGGGCCCAUGGUACAAUGCACAGCUUGGUGUAGCUCAUAAGAGGCAAUCUGUAUCUUGCAAAUUUCCUGUGCAUGGACCAAAAGGCACAGGAGUUCUCACAGUGAAGGCUGUACGCGAUGGAGAUGAUUCCUGGUUGUCAUAUCUCAUUUCUCGCAAUUGGGAUAUUCUAAUCAUGGAUGCUCUCCUCCAUAUUCCUGAAAAUGAAGAGAAGAAGCAAACAAUACGGAUUACCAUUCCAGAACCUGCUUGCACGGCUCCAUCAUGCACCGGCCCCAGUUGCAGCACCCAAGAAACUCAGAAUACAGAGAAGAAAUAGAGCACUCAAUGCGUCACCACGCAAGAGUAUUUUCCCCAUUUAGGUGGCUCUGUUUUUUUUUUCCAUGAAAAGCUUGGUAGAGGACUUAGAGGGUGAUACUAGUGUCAAAACUAUGAGUGAAUUACAAUAGCACAAUACUUAGUACAGCUUGUAAAAGCUUUUGAUUGCCUUGUUUAGGCUUGGCUCCUAAAGAUGUCUUCUUUACUCUUUAAUAACACUUGGCCAGAAAUUUCAUCAUGGAAAACGACUGAAUUUUGUGG